AUGAAAUCUUUCAGUGCUUUGAUAUUUCUUGCUUUGGGUUAUGUGGCGACAGCAGAUUACAGGGAGGCAGCCUUAAGACAACACAACCGCCUGCGUGCGAUUCAUGACGCCCAGCGCAUGACCCUCGACGAGGGGAUGAAUGCGGCUGCUGAUCGAUAUGCCCGCAAUCUGUUCCAGAGGUUCGGUGGAACCACCGAAUUGAAACACUCCCCCAAGAGUUCCCGCCAGGGCCAGGGAGAAAAUUUGGCAUCAGGAUGUACAACUCAAACAGGGGUUGAUGGAAGGUCUGUCGAAGAUGCAAUUAAGGCUUGGUACGAUGAAGUAUGUCGAUAUAAUUUUAACAUUCAUCGUUAUCAGUCCGGCCUUGGUCACUUUUCCCAGUUGGUUUGGAAAGACUCAAAAGAGCUCGGAAUAGGAAAAUAUACAGGCAGGCGGAAUGGCUGGACCUGCACAUAUAUCGUGGCUCGUUACCGAAGAGGUGGAAAUGUGAACACUCCAGGUGGAAGAUUUUUCCGCGAAAAUGUUUCAAAGGGAUCCUUCAGGCGGUCCUAUUGCAAUAACGUGUCAGAUAAAUCUGAGGGAGAAGACUUAUUCGUUGAUGCUCCUGCAGCUGAUGACGAUGAUGAGGCGUCUAACUGAUUCCACCGUAUCU